UGCAGACGAGGAUGGUGACAGAGGGAGAGGCAGAGGCACUGCAAUUCACUCACUCGAUAUGUCUUCUAGCGGCACUGGUCCAUCAUCAUAGUAUAGUAGCAUCCGUGGUUUUGACUUCGACCCUUGGCAUUGCGGAGGCAGCCGGGUGUGAGUGAGCUAGAUCGGAAUCUCAGGUGCAGGUGUGGAAAUUACAAUCUUCUAUCUGACGUCGUUGAUAGAACAGAAGGGGAUUCAACAAACGCGCGGAGCGAAACCCUCGUGAUUGGUUUAAGUGUUGAGGUCAGGUAGGAGUCGAGGCGCAGUUUGUUUAAAAACCCCUCCCCAUAUGCCGUACAUUUAGACGCGAAUCAGUUUUCGUGUCUCCGUGUUCAAGACGGAUCCCGCGCCCACCAACAUGCAUGGGAGUUGGUUCAACAACACGGGCUUCAGGGAAAACAAUACGCCUGUGGCGGUUGAGAAACCGAAGAAGAAGGCAUUUUACCUGGUCAAAAUGAUGUCUCUCAAGAACAAUAAAAAAGAGCAACAAACCAACCAUCAGCAUCACCAGAAUAACAAUAUGCCCUUCAUGAUCCACUGUCACAUCGGGAAAGAGAUCAAGCACAUUUGCAGCAACUGCAGCCGCGGGAACGAUACCCAGGACGCGGAGGAGGUUGAGAGGCUGGCCGCAAUGCGUUCUGAGUCCCUGGUCCCUGGCACACACACCCCGCCCAUCCGCCGCCGCAGCAAGUUUGCCACUCUGGGCCGUCUCCUCAAGCCCUGGAAGUGGAGGAAGAAGAAGAGUGAGAAGUUCAAGCAGACCUCUGCAGCGUUGGAGAGGAAGAUGUCGGUAAGGCAAAGCAGAGAGGAGCUGAUCAAGAGAGGCGUGCUGAAGGAGAUAUUUGAAAAAGAUGUUCCAAAGGCGUGCAUCAGUGGCUUGUAUGCGUGGAGGACUGGAGAUGCUAAAGCAACCGUGGAGUUCCGAUCCUCGAUGGAGGGCGGAGUCUGUACUCAGGAGCUCUCUAGUAUGAAGUCGUCUAUGGUCCUUCCUUCAAAGAAAUCUGUUGGUUUCCUCUGCAACGUUCAGGACAACACCGCCAAGACCCCUAUGUACCACAAACAGCCCCCUGCGCUCCCCCCCAAACCUUUCAACAGGAUUCCCAACUACAGCACAGACUCUUGCCAGCAGAUGAAGCUGCCCUGUAUGCCAGGCCAGGGAGGGAAGCUCUCUCCUCUUCUACCUCCCAAGAAGGUUAUGAUCUGUGUGUCUCAAGGGGGAAUGGACAACUCUUCCUGCUCCUCACCCUCUCCCCUCAGGACCUUCUCCCAGCAGAAGUGCCCCCCUCCACAGGGCCAUCCCCCCCACCAUGGCCCUCUGUUGCCCACGCAGUUCACAGCCCUGGCCAACCUCCACCAGGGCCUCAUGGGGGGCGGGAACCACCAUAACCACGGACACACCCACAACCAUAACCAUAACUAUAACCAUGGCCACAGCCACCCGCUCCAGCUGCAGUACGGAUCCAUGCAAGGCCACGCCCCCAGCCGCAUCAUCGAGGAGCUCAACAAGACGCUGGCCUUCAACCUGCAGAGGCUGGAGAACAAUGCAAUGCAUUCUGGUCAGUGUAGUCUGCUGGACAGAAGCCAGGUGCCCUCUUUGGUCAUCGACGAGGACGACAAGGAGAACAUGCCCAACGAGUCCGACUACGAGGACCUCCCCAGUAUGUACAAAGACGAGGAUGAGGAUGAUGAUGAAUAUGAUGACGAGGAUGAUGACUCGCUCUUUACAAGUACCCUGGCUCUGAAGGUGCUGAGGAAGGACUCUCUGGCCAUCAAGCUGUGUAACCGUCCAUCUAAGAGUGAGCUGGAGGAGAAGAACAUACUGCCAAUGCAGACUGACGAAGAGAGGCUGGAGUCCAGGCAGCAGAUAGGCACCAAGCUCACACGGCGGUUGAGUCAGAGGCCCAGUGCUGAGGAGCUGGAACAGCGGAAUAUCCUGAAACGUGAGUAUUCGCGCAACGAGCAGGAGGAGUUGGAGGAGAAGAGGGAGAUUAAACGGCGACUGACACGAAAGCUGAGUCAGAGGCCCACGGUGGAGGAGCUGAGACAGGCGAAGAUCCUGAUCCGCUUCAGUGACUACGUAGAGGUGUCUGAUGCCCCGGAACACGACCGACGGGCAGACAAACCCUGGACCCGCCUCACAGCAGCUGACAAGGCAGCCAUACGGAAGGAACUGAACGAUUUCAAGAGCAACGAGAUGGAAGUGCAUGAGUCAAGUCGCCAUUUAACCAGGUUUCACAGACCAUAGAUCAUCACUGUCUAUUGCAACGCUAGACAGACUGGCUGUUUUCCUUCACUGAGAACCAUAAGUGCUGGACAGUAAAUGGUGCCCAUUUCUACAAUAAGGCCAUGUCUUCUGAUCUGAAAUGCCUUUCAAUACCCUGCAACUGAGUUGGUCGGUAGCUUCCCCUCCAGAGACAAACAGUAGAUGGACACCUGCUUUAGUAGCACAUAAUCUAACCCCCCAAUUCCCACCCCAGUCUUCUUAACAUCUUUUAUUUCUGUGUAACUGACUAGCUCGUCCCACACUCUAGUGCUGAACGCUCAGGAAGGCGCUCCAUGCUUUGGGGAUGAUGGUAGUGGGAUGGGGCUGGUUGGGAUUGGACACCUGCCAUCUCUACAUCAUUGACUGGCUAUCAUAGUACCUGUGCCCCUCCCUCACUGUGUCAUUCUUGGCUGUGAUUGGUCUGUUGAUCUUGGUGAGAGGAGCCUCCACUUCACUCUCUUCAUCAAAAAGGACAAUUUCAACCCCUCUACCCAUGGACCUUGGGAGAGAUGGACUUCAACCACUUGGAGAAUACUUGGAUAAUAUUAUCCUGGGUCUGUUAAGAUGAAUCUAGUGCUGUUUGUAGAAUCACCUGCAUUGUUUGAAUGGUGAAAUAGAAAAAUAAGUAGGGGAAGCCAUACAACACUCCAGAAUUAUGUGCAUUAUUUUUCCUCUGCUCUCCUUGGGUCAUAGCGCCCUCUGGGGCUCACGCUGUGUCAUUAUCAUGUAAUCCCACCUCUACUUCUCCCCACCAUGGGCAGUUCAGUUCCCGCUGUUACCGACAAUGUUGAUAUCUAUUGCUAACUGUGAAUUUGAGAGUGCAGACCUUUUUUUUUUUGUUUACACUCUCCAAAUAAACAUUGUUUAUACAGAGAUAUGAAAGUAACAUUUCAAUAGAGAAUCACAUUUCAAUAUUGUCAAUUUCAUGUCGGGAUCAUAAAAGGGUAAAUUAAAUGAAAAAUGCAGCUGGCAGAUAAUGCACUGACUGUGUAUAUGUGUUAAGGUUGAACAGCUUUUUAUAUAAUUUUAGUUUAGUUUUUAAAAGUGCCACUUUGAUUUUAAACUGAGUUAUGUGGCUUUAGGGGAUGUCACAGGCCUCUGAUGUUUGAAUAUAGACUUCCUCUGAGAAGAGAUAUUCUGCUUCCCAAAUGGCACCCUAUUUCCUAUAUAGUACACUACUUUUGACCAGAGCCAUAUUGGCCCUGGUCAAAAGUAGUGCACUAAAUGGGGAAUAGGGUGCCAUUUAGAAUGGGAAACCCAUGGCUUGCCAUCCAGGAAUUCUUGUUGAGAAUCAAGCUUGUCUCAUGUUUUGCAUUCUUAUGUUUAAUGAACUCUGCUGAGUUAACUCUGUCCUGCACUUACUUGGUUCAGUAAUUUUUUGUUGGUAUUUGUCUCUUUUUCUUCUUGUCUAUUUAAGAACAAGCAAUAUUCUUUCUGCCUCUUGGCAAACUUUUUUUUUUUUUUUUUUAACUGUGGAUGUUUUAAAUCCCAGAGUAUUCUUUUUUUACUUUGCUUAUAAAUGGUCCUCUACUUCAUUUUUGUUGCGAUUUUAGGAAAGGCCCCAAUGGGCAUAUCGGGAUUGGAUUCUUAUUGGCCACUGUCCGAGUUGUUUUUAAAUGGUGUGCCAUACGCUUUACUCUUAAAGUUGCAAUAUGAAUAUGUUUGCUUGUCAUAAGAUGUAGAUGUUAGUUAUGGUGAAGGGCCAGAUUGGCCACCUACUGUCAUGUACCUGCAUAGGAAAAUGUACCAACAAAAACACAUGCUCUGUCAUUUUGAACGUCUUUGUAGUUCUGUGAGAAGAUGCCCCAGUGAAAUGUAUGAAAACAUUCUGGAACAUAGAAGGUAUUGCACAUUUGGUUAUCAGCGAAUGGGUCAUUAAUUAUAUUAUAUAAAAAUGUUAGUUUGGAGCAUUUAUGUUCCACAUAUUGCUUAAUUUAUUACACUGGUUAUUCUCAUUCACAAUAUUGUCCCAGUGUGUUUAUCCUAAUUUCAUUGGGGUACCUUAAGGAAGUAAACCCUUCAAAAAAUGAUAGGGUCAUGUUUUCUGCUCGAACCAGCUUCCUUUUUGAUUCCAGCAUCAUGCCACCCACAUGUUUUCCCCCAACACGUUUUGGGCAUUUUGUAGAAUCAUAAAGCUUUGAUCAAUACCUUGAGGAGGCCCUUCUCCAUUUGUCUAUUGACAAAUCGCUUGACAAAUCAGAGCAUAGCAUGAAAAUGGUGUCAUGUUGGAAUUGAGGAAAAUGAAUUCCGCAAUAAACAUUUCUGUUACAUGUACAUGGAGAGAAUUAAUUAAUUUGAAAGUGAGCUUUUCUUUCUCCAAUUUGGAAAUAUAGAUUCCUUUCCAUUUACCAUAUGAAUUACCACCAUGUCUCUAUUAAACAUCCAUUAUGUAUGUUGCAGUCUUUGUACUAUCAUUUAUUAGACAUAUGUUUUCUCAAACCAUGGCAAUAUUACCAUCAGAGGCUAUUGGGUCUCUAUGGCCGCCCAGGAAUUGUAGCUAAUGUGAUUUGAGUAAAAUACUGAUGCUGCCUUACUACUUUGGCUUUCAUUCCUUCCCUUUAAUCUCAAAGCAUAUUUUGUGUGUGUCAGUGUCUCAUUUAUGCUUUUGGAUCUUUAUGUUGAUUACAACCUCUUCAGUCGCUCAUUGAAGAAGUUCUCCCACGGAGAUCAUAUAAAUCACUAUGUAAUUCUAUGGGUUAUCCCCUCGGUUUAUGGGUUCAGUGACGCUCCUGAUCCCGACUAGUCUGGAUGUGCCACUUGUUGUUUUUGGGUUUCAUAUUAGAUUGAAGGGUUUGAAAUGAGUUAUUCAAACUGUUUUCAUCUAACUAAAAAGUCAAUUCUGACAUUGUAUAACAAUCAUGUGGUUAUAAUAUGACAAUGCUGUCUUUUUAAUACUUACAUGACAUGUAAGUGUUCACACUAACUUUGUUUUAAACAUCUCAGAAAUAAGUAUUGAGUAUACUUAAAGGUCCCUUGUUACACCAGUAGAGUAAUGUAUAAUAAAACAUAUGUACAGAACUACAGGAGUCUCCAAUAGCCUACCCUCUGUCAUGCUUUACUUUGCACAUGUCGACAAUGCAUGUAACAGGUAGACUGAUUUGUCUGUCCAAUAAAUCUUAUUAAAAGGAUUUUUCCAGCAAUCA